GAAGCAUUGCAGAAUCUGGUUGUUGGGGACUUUGGAAAGGUACGACUAGCGGACGACAGUGCUCUUGAGGUGACGGGCAUGGGUGACAUGGUGUUGAAGACCUCAGUCGGUUUCUGGACUUUGAAGGAUGUUAGAGUGGUUCCAGCCUUGAAGAAAAGUUUGAUUUCUGUCAGGCAGUUGGACGAACAGGGACACGAGGUGAAGUUCAGAGAUGGGCAGUGGAAGGUCGUGAAGGGAAAUCUUGUCAUGGCCCGCGGAAGGAAGAGUGGUUCGUUGUAUUUGGUCGAGUUACCAUCUGAGGGAGUGACCGCCCCAGUUCAGAAGAGAAACAAAGUUCGGUUCACAGAGUCUUGUGGGCAGAAUAAGGUUGUCUAUGCAAGAGAGAAACCUAAUGCCACAGGUCAGACUCGGGAUGAACGAGCAAGGAAAGGUUCAAGGAGGCCAGUCAGAGGUAUUUAUGGCAGUGGGAGCUCAAGAGGCGCUUCAGCCAAGUUGCCUAGAAGACAGUGGGUCAGGAGAACCAGUAUUCCAGCUGUUGGAACAUCUCCAGAAAUUUUCUUGCUGAGUAUGGAGAGUGUUUGUUCUCAGGAUGUUCCAGGAUCCGGCAGUGUGCGUCUGCAGUGGGAGCCGGUAGGGACCGAGGACGAGUCAGUGGCAGAUUUAGUCAUGACUGAUGUGUUGGAGCUUGGGAGAGCUUCAACGAGCCUUUCAGUUAACGAACGAGGUCAAGUUGAUGUCUGGUCAGAAAAGUGCCUGCCUCCAGGAACUGUGCAUUUGCCGUUGCCAAGAAUCUCUCUGGUGGCAAAAAGACUAGAAAUAGAUUAUGCACCUGCCAUGGUUGGCUUUGACUUCCGCAACGGUCGUUCUGUCCCUCUGUUUGAGGGGAUUGUGGUGUGUGCUGAGUUCAAAGAUGCAAUUUUAGAGGCAUAUGGAGAAGAGGAAGAGAGAAGAAAAGCAGAGGAGAGACGAAGAAGAGAAGCGCAAGCGCUUUCAAAGUGGUAUCAACUCCUCUCAUCCAUAGUAACACGACAAAGGUUAAACAAUGCCUACGCAAGUGGGGGCCCGUCGGACGCUCAAAACCCCAGCGAAAGCUCAACAAUGAGUAUGAAGGCUACGAGCAUUCGUCCACAUGAAAGGAAACAAGAGAAGAUGGAGAAGAAGCUGCCAUUGUUAGCCUCAAAAGAAGAAGAAGACCAACACGAACAUGAGCAUGUGUUCUUCCUAGAGGAUGAUGAUGAUGAUGAUGGAACUCGAAUGAAGCGUUGUCGUUGCGGGUUCUCAAUUCAAUUUGAAGAGUUGUAGAGCAAAAUGAAAAGAAGAAUGCUAAAAACCCACCGCGGGUGUCCCCAUUGAUGACAAUCACAGAUGAAUUUUAUACAUAUACAGACAAUAAUCGUCUGUGUCCACAGAUGAUGAUUAAUGUCUAUGUGUAUAUAAAUGGGGGCAAUCGUGGUGGAUUCCUAACAUGGUCCAAAUGAAAAUGCUGAGUAGAG